CUGUGAACUCGUCAGCGCGGCACCACGUGUGUUGCUUUUCUUGACGUGAGUCUGCUACGUGUUUCGGCCCUUCCGCGUGUUCCGUAGAGGAGCCGUGUGCGCUGCAACCAUGGCUCUGUACAACUUUAAAAAGAUUAUGGUGGUUCCCACCGCUAAGGAUUUCAUAGAUCUGACUUUAUCAAAAACCCAGCGAAAAACUCCCACUGUUAUACACAAACACUACCAGAUCCACCGAAUUAGACAUUUCUAUAUGCGCAAAGUCAAAUUCACCCAGCAGAACUACCAUGAUCGACUGUCACAGAUCCUCACCGACUUUCCCAAACUGGACGACAUUCACCCCUUCUACGCUGAUCUGAUGAAUGUGCUGUAUGAUAAAGAUCAUUAUAAACUGGCUUUGGGUCAGAUCAACAUCGCCAAAAACCUUAUUGACAAUGUUGCUAAAGAUUAUGUGCGGCUGAUGAAAUAUGGAGACUCGCUGUAUCGUUGCAAGCAGCUGAAACGAGCCGCACUGGGACGCAUGUGCACCAUCUUAAAGCGACAGAAACAGAGCCUGGAGUAUUUAGAACAAGUGCGGCAGCAUCUGUCCCGUUUACCCACUAUUGACCCCAACACCAGAACCCUCCUGCUGUGUGGUUACCCCAACGUCGGCAAGUCCAGCUUUAUCAACAAGGUGACCCGUGCUGAUGUUGAGGUCCAGCCGUAUGCCUUCACCACCAAAUCUUUGUUUGUGGGUCAUAUGGAUUACAGAUACUUGCGCUGGCAGGUGGUUGAUACCCCUGGUAUUCUGGAUCAUCCUCUUGAAGAAAGGAAUACCAUAGAAAUGCAGGCCAUCACCGCUCUGGCUCACCUGCGUGCUGCUGUCCUCUAUGUCAUGGAUGUGUCAGAGCAGUGCGGACACACGCUCUCACAACAACUAGAGCUCUUCAACAAUAUACGGCCGCUGUUUGCCAACAAGCCUCUGAUCGUGAUGGCCAAUAAGUGUGACGUGAGGAAGAUCAGUGAACUCUCAGAGGAGAAUCAGAAAGUCUUUACGGAUCUUACUGCUGAGGGGAUCGUAGUGAUUGAGACCAGCUCUCUGACGGAAGAGGGAGUGAUGCAGGUGAAGGCUGAGGCAUGUGAUCGGCUGCUGGCUCACCGUGUGGACACGAAGAUGAAAACCAAGAAGGUCCAUGAUGUUUUGAACAGACUCCAUCUGGCAAUGCCCAGCAAGAGAGAUCAGAAGGAAAGGCCUCCAUUUAUUCCCGAGGGGGCUCUGCUCCGUAGGAAGGCGAUGGAGACAAAUGCUCCCAAACGCAAACUGGAGAGAGACGUGGAGGUUGAGCUGGGAGACGAUUACACACUGGAUCUACAGAAAUACUGGGACUUGAUGAAUCCAGAAGAAAAGCAGGAUAAGAUUCCUGAGAUUUGGGAGGGUCACAAUAUUGCUGACUACAUUGACCCAGAGAUCAUGAAGAGGCUGGAGGAUUUGGAGCAGGAAGAGGAGCUGCGUGAGAAGGCUGGAGAGUACGACUCUGACGAGGAGAGUGAGGAUGAAGAGAUGAAGGAGAUCCGGCAACUCGCCAGUCAGAUUCGAGAGAAACGGAAGCUGAAGAUUCUUGCGUCCAAAGAGAAAGACACACAGGGAUCCAGAAUGCCCCGCACGGCCAAGAAGGUGGAUAGAGCGACUCUGGAGAAGGAGAUGGCUGAUCUGGGUUUGGACAUGACCGAUAAAGAUGAUAGCCAUUAUGCUCGGAGAUCUCGCUCUCUGGUCCGAAAGAGGAAGAGGGAAGUCUCUGCACCACCAACGUCACGCACUCGCAGUCAGAGCGCCUCGAGGCCACCAAGGGACCAGUCAGGAGUCAGAGAUGCCAAGAUGUUGAAGAAGGUAAAGACCAUGAUGAAGAACUCGCAGAAGGACAUGAACAGGCAGGGAAGGAAGGGUGAAUCUGAUCGACAUGUGUUUGAUGUAAAACCUAAACAUCUCCUUGCUGGGAAGAGGAAAUCUGGAAGCACCAGCCGCAGAUAAAUGCAGCCUUAUUCACUUAGUUCUGUCUUAUGUACUCAUACCUGCCCUUAUGCCAUGAUUAAUAAAUGUUAUAUUCUUUUAAUAGUUCUUUCUGAUACAGAUGACAAUACACCUGUAACCAUGAAAGAAUUAGUUAUUGAAAUGCAUGUUAUUUGCAUAAUUGGAAAUUUCUUGUAUCAUGCAGAAUGAUAAAGAAAUGUACAGGAUCAUGAUUUUGAACUCAUUACUUACAAAAGAAAUGAUCUAAAGCUGUUGUUUGCAGUGGGAGUCAAAUAAACCACACACAAAGUAUUGAACCUGAAA